UAUUUGAAAUUUGACUGUACGAAGAAUAGGUGGAAAUCAAAUGCAAAGCCUAACAGGCAAAACCUUUUACAUUGCAAACAAUACUAACCCCUAAAAUAAAUAAAUAGAUAUUUUUUAAACCGCCAAAGAUGGACAACCACCACCGCCACAUCGUGCCACCUCUAGCGUGCCCGCGUCUCGCGAUGAAUGGUGAAAAAUCGCAGAGAAAACAUGCUUAACAAUAAAAAAAGAAGAAAACCAGCAGCUAACGCUGGCUGAUUGAUAUAACGAGGCAGGACAGCGGCGUAAGAGACAAAAAUUAUAAGUUAGUGUAGAGAAAAAAUCGCUCUUUGCGAAGAAAAAUCUGGUGACGAAUUGUUGGCGAUCCGAUGAGCAACAUAAACAUAAACACUGUGCCCAGGCCGAGUCCGAAUGCUAAUGGGAAUCCAAAUCAAAAUCCAAAUCGCAGUGUGGAUUCUGAGGAGGAGGAGGAGGGCGAUGGCCGGAUGAGCGACAGCGGAAGCAACACGGCUAGCAGUCAGAGGAGUCGAACGUCGAGCAGCAGCUCAUCGGACUCUUCGAGCGGUUCACUUGAGGAAGAUCCUGAUGGUGAGGACGAGGACAUGUCUGAACAGGAUGCGGCCAGCGGUUCGGAGACGGAGGACGACACUACCACCUGUCAGUCGGACGAGCUGGAGCUGGCACAGCUCAGCGGACGGGAUAUCUUUCGGUUGCCGCGGGGUUUAUGCGAAAAUGCAGCUAUUUUCCAUGAAUUCUUCUCCAUGGAGACAUGGCAACAGUUGCCCCACCAUUUCCAGGCUCGCCUGCAACCCAUGUUGCCGGACUUUACUGGCUUGGUCACCGGACAGGCGCAGACCUGUGCCGAACAGCAGCGUACUCUGGUACAGCUAUUUAAUGGCGGCCUUGAGCGAUUCGGGCACUCACCGCUGCUCCAGCUUCAACGUCAAUUGGAAGAGGGCAACCUGCGACCCGAUGUCCUUCAACUAAGGCGGAGCAUCCAGCACUCGAACAGAAGGGAAUUUCGUUUUCAACAGGCCGAACGCUUCAGCCAGUUGGCUAAGGAUCUAUUUCUGUCAAGGGAUCAUCUUCUUCAGCAUGCCUACUACUCUGCCCCACCCUCCGAAGGCGCCUUUGGAAAAUACCUGCCAAAACCACGCCCUCGGAAAAGGAAGCCUCCCACGCUAUCCAUGGAGAACCGAUUUUGCACUCAGCGAGCUAAGAAACGCUACGCCCAGGACCUCCUGGAUAUCUUGCGCGAGCUGGAGGUAAAACCUGGCGACAUUAGUGCGGAUGAGGAGGAAGAGGAUGAGGAAUGCUCCCAGCUAAUUGAUCGUCUGUUCAAGACACCGCAGGAUUUCAAACUGGAAGAGCCUAAGGCUCCGGAACCUGUAGGUCCUGGCAGACCCUCGAAUGCGGCGGACAAGAAAUGCAUUUAUAACACGUUCUUCAAGCGGCGACCAGGUGUAGACGAUGACAAUGUACUGCGGACCAUGCAAAUGGAGAGAAUUCCCCAGCUCAAUGACAAAAACUUCCGAAAGUAUUUGAGAGACUACAAGCGCCGGAAAUUGGAACAACCGGAAAGCCCCGAGUUUGAUACAUCCGAGGUACGAUUGCGAGACAUAUGCACUCGUGCCCAGUUUGUCGGAAGCUUUAAGCCUGGUCGAAAACCAAAAGCGCUUAUGGCACGCCUCAAUCCCGAUCCGCCUGCUCUGGUACCUAUUGGAAUUACCGCAACGAAGAGUGAGAUUGUAGAUGAAGAGCCCAUGCUGCUGGAUGAACCGCAACAACUCUACGGCCGCCGCGUGCUGGACGAUCAUCCGGAGGAACACCUGUCACCUAAGGAGCCCCAGCUAAUGCCAAAGAAAGUUAUACCCUCGCCAGUUGUCCUUCCUCAUCCUGUGCCCAAGCUGGAACCUCUGAAUGGACCCAUUGCCAGUGCCAAGGCAAGUCCAUCGUCGUCCAACCCCCCAAUCAAUACCGUUACAAAUGCAUCUCCAACUGCUGGCCACAUAACCGGUAGUCCCACCCGAGAAGUACUAAUUCGUCCGCCGGCCACACCUCGACCGGUCUCUUUCUUCUCGCUUCUAAGGGAUUUGUUUGUAUCCACGCCUCAGCACCGACUUACCUAUGGAGAAUUGCAAAUCUUACUGGCCAGUUGGCGGGAAAUUAAUUCGGAUGCUUCAAUUCCCACAGGGGAGUGGCCAAGAUUUGUGCCGGACUGGUCGAAGUUGUUGCAAUCCGCUAUAAACUUCUUGUCGGGGGAUUCUGAUACCGUUCCGACGGAUUAUGUCCCCUACAUUGAACAUAAAACUCAGUUGGGCAUCUACCAGUGGAUAGGCGCAGGCCGGGAUUCUGAUGCGCGACUUCUCAGCCUAUGUCAGUGUUGGUUGCGAACUCAGAGGGAAGAGCAGUCCCAACUUAGUCCGGGCCUGAACUCGACUGCUCAUCUAAAUGCAUUGAUGGAUGCAACUCCUACACCUCCUCCUAGAUGUCCCACCACCUGGACUGUGCGCUCAGCCAGCCAGGCCGAGAUACUUGAGUUUCAACGGCAAGAGAGGAUACGCUUCGAAUAUCCGCAUCGACCGUUUACCUAUCGCCUUAAUGGGUAUGAGAGUGUGGUGGGUCCGGUCAAGGGUAUUUAUACCCAAAGUUUACCACUGAACAAGGCAAGAGGUCAUGCUGUUAUGGUUGAUGACCGACCUCCGUUUGUGACCAUCCUCACCCUAGUGCGAGAUGCUACUGCAAGGCUGCCCAAUGGAGAAGGAACCCGCUCCGAGAUCUCCGAGCUGCUUAAGUGCUCACAAUACAUUAGUCAACAAGCGGCAGAUAAUGUACUCCAGACCAUCGUCAGUGGAGCUUUGGAUCGGAUGCACGGUGGUCAGGAUCCUUGCGUGAAGUAUGAUGCCAGGCGCAAAAUCUGGAUUUACCUACAUCGAAAUCGAGGGGAGGCGGAAUUUGAGAAAAUGCAUCGACAAAACCAGUCCUUGGUGAAGCAGAAGCAGCAACAAAGGAAGCAGCUAAACAGGCCAAAGAUCCCAGAUGGUGCUGAAAGCUCUGGUUUGCUUGGAGAACACCAGCAGGAGCAACUACCAGCUUUGGUGCCAACAGUGGUUUCACCGAUUCCAGUUCCAGUCCAACUGCCAGUAGGUGCUUCCUUGCAAGUGAAGAAACCACUGACCGUAAAGUGUCCUCCUGUACCGCCCUUAAAGUACCAUGUUCCACCUGGUACGCCCACUGGAGGAACCAUAGUGACAGCCUCCUCUAACAUUACAGCAAAUCAAAGCCCCCUACAGCAAAUACAGAAAUCUCUUCUUAAACCUGUGGGCACGGCCAAUCCCGCAUCAUCACCCGUUCAAAGGCAGCUGACAACUUCAAAAACAGGAAAUUUUGCGAUAUCCAAGAUCAGCCCGACUCGGAAUACGACACCGAUAUUGGUAUCCACUCCCACUGGAUUGCAAACCGUGCAUGUAGCAACUACUCCAACCCAAGGAGCAACAUCCGGUUCUCCUACGGUGGCUAAAAAGCUGACAAUUAAGAAGACCGUUCCCAGCAACAAAAUAGGGAACUUUAUCAUCCCGCUGGAGCAACAGCAAACCGUUCAGCAGCAACAGGGGCAGCAUGUUAAGGUCCAUCCGAUUGCUGGUAAACCUAAGGCGCUCACUAUUACCCCGCGACCACAGAUGCCGAAGAACAUAAUCCGACUAUUGCCAGCUGGAGGAGCCACAGUAUCUGCGAAUUCGGCGAUAAGUACCAAGCCAAAUUCUGUGCAAAUCCUCGGACCUCGCGUGGUGCCACAAUCCCAGACCGUGCGACCGGUUCAGCAGAAAAUCGGAGCUGUGUCUAUUGUGACCAAUAAGCCCGUUACAAGCAUUUCCGGUACAGAAACUGCAAAUCCUGCAACCGCCAGCACGAGUUCCCCUGUUACCGGUGGCGGAACCAUCGUAAAGAUGUCGCCCCAGGCUUUCGCCAACCUUCAGCAGCAACAGCAACAGCUCAAACAGAAGAUGAACAGUGCCAAUCCUGCUCUGAACUCACCCCAGCAACGGAUUAUUGUCGGCAACACAGCCAUUUCCGCGAACAAGAAAAUAGUAUUCCAGUCCCUGGCGAAAGCAGCACCCAAAAUACUCACUACAUCGCCAAGUGGCACGGUGGCCAAAGCAACGACGAAUUUGUCUCCACAGCAGCAAAGAAUUUUACUGCAAAACUUUAAGCAACCAGUGGUGGCCACCAAUCAAUCAGGAACCUUAACAGCACUGGGAGGCAAUGCAACGCGGGUGAUUCGAGCUACUCCAGCGUCAGGAGUUGUGGGAGUUGGAAAUUCCCAAACACCAGGGCAGAUCAUCACUCUGGAUAGCCUUAUACAAAAGCAACCUGCUGGAGGAAAAUUACUUACCACCGCUGGCAACAAUAUCUUUCAACUGGCAACGUCUUCGGCGGGAAAUGUGAUUACACUUAAUUCCAACCAGCCAACUAAGCAGCUGCCAACUAUGGCAAGAUUUGUAAGUGCGACAAGUACCUCCCCAGCUACUGGAAACGCAUCGACCGUAGUGCCCAAGAUCAUUGGAAAGACUACUGUGUUGCCGGGAAAACCCCUUCUACUCCACGCCAAGACGUUAAAACAAUUAGGUGGAAGCAGUGUGGCCACUACCCAGACCACCACAACCACGACCACAGCAGUGGCUUCAGCGACAGUGGGUGGAGCAGGGGGAACGGUAGUGUCCGGCUCCGGAGUAGCAAACACGGCAGUGAGAACCACUCAAAAUAUUGUGAUUGGUGGUCAGACAGUGAAGAUACAAGGAGCGAUUCCUGCUCGUGGUACCAACGCACCAAUGCAGACAGUAAUAAUGGGAAACCAGCUUCUGCGACUAGCCACAAGCAGCACCAAUAGUGGAACUACUUCGACCUCCGGUAUAGCGACGACGCCGAAGACGCUGCUAAUUGGAGCGGGGGGAACGCAAACACUGCGUCUGGCUAAGAACGUUCUGGUGGCCAACAAACAGAUCACUAGUACCGCAAACAGCAGCAAUGUAACCAGCUCCACGACAGCAACUCCAGCAUCGACUGCGACGACAACCCCUGGUAAUAAUCUCGUGUUCGCAGUGCAAGGCAACGGCGGACAGCUUUUUUUCUCGCCGGGAUUGCAGGGCAUGAAUUUGAAGCCACUGUCCAGCCUAAAAGUGAUACCCAUGGGCACAGCGUCAGCAACUGGUGGAGCGGCGGGUGGGAAAAUCUCCGUAACGACGGUGACAGGAGAGCCGGGAGCCAAAGCGCUGACCACAAAACUGAUCCCGGCCACUGUUCUCAAGACGGCCACUGGAAGUGGCAAUUAGGAGGCUUAGGAGCGGAGAGGCUUGUUAACCAUGUUGUUUACCCUUCCUCGGUUACACUUUCUUCGACGUUGGUUUAACAACACAUGUAAUUUAUCUAUGUAGGCAGAAAGUUUGCAAAUAUUGCUUUGUACUAAGUAAAAUUAGAGGACAACA